AUGGCAGAUUCACCGCCAACGUUGCCAGUAACACGAAAACAAAGUUCAUUUCCGUUACCACCACCACCAUUGCAAAUUCGAGAUAAUAGCCCUCGAAUAUCAGAGUUAAGGAAAAGUCUAUUUUCACCUUCAUUGCGAACACCAACAUUCAGAAGUACUCAAAAAUCUAUGUUGUUUUUGGCUUAUGUUUUCACUUUUUUAUUUGUUACAUGUGCUAUCUUUUUUGUAUUCAAUAAUCCUUCAAUCAAUCAUUCUUUUAGAAAAGUCCUGAAUAGUAGGAGAUCACAUUUUUCCACAAUUUUCUCACAUUAUUUUCAUUCUGAUCAUCAAAACUCAACUGUUUACUCUCUUCCAUUUACAAAUAAUGAUUCUUCAAUUUCUCAAAAUGGUUUUAUUGCAAUUUCACCUAGUCAAAGGAAUAAUUACUCUGAAAAUGGUUUACAGAGUUCCAUGAAAAAUGAUCCUAGUUGUAAAAGAGAAGAAGAAGAGAUACAAAAGGCGAAUUUGUUGUCGAAUUCGGAGAAAAAUGAUCAGUUUUUGAAGAAUGAAGGUAAAUCUAGUAGUAAAAAAGAAGAGGAAGAGAGACAAAAGGUGAAUGUGUCGUUGAAUUCGGAGAAAAAUGAUCAGGCUUUGAAGAAUGAAGGUAAAUCUAGUAGUAAACGAGAAGAGGAAGAGACACAAAAGGUGAAUUUGUCGUCGAAUUUGGAGAACAAUGAUCAGUUUUUGAAGAAUGAAGGUAAAUCUAGUAGUAAAAGAGAAGAGGAAGAGACACAAAAGGUGAAUUUAUUGUCGAAUUCGGAGAAAAAUGAUCAGGUUUUGAAGAAUGAAGGUAAAUCUAGUAGUAAAAGAGAAGAGAAAGAGAGACAAAAGGUGAAUUUAUCGUCGAAUUCGGAGAAAAAUGAGACAAAGAGAGAGGCUUGGUGGGAAGUGAUGAGUCAUUGUGAUGUUUUUGAUGGAAUGUGGGUGAAAGAUGAUGCUAACCCUAUGUAUGAACCUGGUUCUUGUCCUUUUAUUGAUGAGCCAUUUGAUUGUUAUCAAAAUGGAAGACCUGAUAAUGGUUAUCAGAACUUUAGAUGGCAGCCUAAGCACUGUAAUAUUCCAAGGUUGGAUGCCAAAGAAAUGUUGGAACUUUUAAGAGGAAAGCGUUUAGUCUAUGUCGGUGACUCUCUGAACAGGAAUAUGUGGGAAUCAAUGGUUUGUCUGCUCAGAAAUUCUGUUGAAGACAAGAAUAGAGUUUUUGAGGUAUCUGGAAGAGAAGAUUUCAAGAAAGAGGGUGCUUAUUCUUUUAUAUUCGCGGAUUAUAAUUGUUCCGUUGAGUUUGUACGUUCUACAUUUCUCGUUCAAGAAUGGGAAAUUCCAGAUGGGAAUGGAUCAACUAAAGAAACACUCAGAUUAGAUUUGGUAGAAAGGUCAUGUGACAAAUACAAAGGAGCCGACGUCCUUGUCUUUAACACAGGACACUGGUGGACUCAUGAGAAAACAUCUGAAGGGAAGGGUUACUAUCAAGAAGGUGGCCAUGUUUAUGGUGAACUAAACGUUGUUGAGGCAUUUCGCAAGGCAAUGACAACAUGGGCAAGAUGGAUUGAAGCCAAUGUAGAUCCUCAGAAGACAGAUGUUUUCUUUAGAGGCUAUUCAGUCUCUCAUUUCAGUGGAGGUGAGUGGUAUGCUGGUGGAAAAUGUGAUAGUGACACCGAGCCACUUCAGGAUGAGAAAGAUUUGUCACCUUCUCUGUAUCCACCAAUAAUGGGAAUGCUAGAAGAUGUGAUAAAGUGGAUGAAGUCACCAGUAUACUAUUUGAAUGUUACCAUAAUGUCAGACUUCCGCAAGGAUGGACAUCCAUCGGUAUACAGGAAGCCAAACAUGACAGAUGAGGAGAGAAGGACGACGUUAAGGUACCAAGAUUGCAGCCAUUGGUGCCUUCCUGGUGUACCAGACACCUGGAAUGAGCUUCUAUAUGCACAACUAUUGAUGAAACAUUAUCAGAAACAACACAAACAACAACAGCAGCAGAUAGGUUCUUAGGCAAACAUAGCUAUAGUAUUAUAUCGAUAUGAUAUAUUGUUUGGCGUAAAAUGUCUAGAGUUAGUUGUAGUUUUUCAGGAUGAGAAGUCAGAAACGAAGCUAUUAGCUAAUAGCUACACAUAGUUCUAUGUGGAACCACUUAUCCAAUAGUAUAGUAUCAAGUUACUUUUACUUUACCAUGUUAUAUAAA